GCCCAGGGUUCGCUCUGGAGGGAUGCCGCCAGCCCCGGGCAGGCUUUUCCCGCCCGUAACGUCUCGCUUUUUACCGCUUUGCCGAUUUUCUGCAGGCGGCUGCUCCACUGCAGCAGGGAUGGGGGAGGUCGCCGGCUCCCGGGGCUGAGCGAAAAGCCGCUGGAGCGCUGCCGGAGGGUUAGCCGGGGUCGCAGGGAGGCGGACGUGCACGGAGGAGCCCUGGUCAAGGAGGUGCACGGACGGGGCGCGCUGUGGCCGAGAGGUCGCUGCACCAGGAUCCAUAGCGAAGGCCUGAGUCUGCCCUGCGGUACAACUGAUCCGGGAAUAAGCGCGCCCGCCCUUCUGGUCCUUUUGCCUCCCCCCAGAGGGAGGGGCCAAGAGUCUAGGCCCCGCCCCCAAGCGUGUGUUCUGCGAGGGGGAGCUGGGUAGGCGCCCUUUAAGAAGGUCCUGAGUGACUCAAGGAGGAGGGGCAAGGGGCCUCAAAGGUCUCGGUGAGACAGUGAUGCCAAGAGUCUCUGAGGAUCUUCCUCGCACCCAGUCCACUCCCUCUUCCAACCGGGACAUCCAGGUUAGAGGCCCUUCUCAGACCGAGGGACACACAAGCACUGCUGUCCACAACGCAGGCAAUGGAACUGAGGAGGCGAGAAUACCAUGUAGAGAGGCCUCUGCUGAACCAGGAACAGCUGGAGGAGCUGGGGCACUGGGGCUCAGUGACUGGUACCCACCAGUGGCGAACCUGGUUCCAGUGUUCUCGUGCUCGAGCCAAAGCCCUUCUGCUCCAGCACCUCCCAGUUUUGGCCUGGCUACCCCGGUAUCCUGUGCGUGAUUGGCUUCUGGGUGACAUUUUGUCUGGCCUCAGUGUGGCAAUUAUGCAGUUACCACAGGGUCUGGCCUAUGCCCUCCUGGCUGGACUGCCCCCUGUGUUCGGCCUCUACAGCUCCUUCUACCCUGUCUUUAUCUAUUUCCUGUUUGGUACUUCCCGGCACAUCUCUGUGGGGACCUUUGCUAUCAUGUCCGUGAUGGUGGGUAGUGUGACCGAAUCCCUGGCUCCUGAUGAGGCCUUCCUGGAGCCUGUGAACUCCACAGUUAAUGAGACAGCCAGAGAUGCUGCGCGGGUGGAGCUGGCCUCCACACUCAGUGUCCUGGUUGGCCUCUUCCAGGUGGGACUGGGCCUGGUCCACUUUGGCUUUGUGGUCACCUAUCUGUCAGAGCCCCUGGUCCGUGGCUAUACCACAGCCGCGUCUGUGCAGGUCUUAGUCUCCCAGCUCAAGUACGUGUUUGGAGUUCAUGUGAGCAGCCGCUCUGGGCCACUGUCCCUCAUCUAUACAGUGCUGGAGGUCUGCUGGAAGCUGCCCUACACCGUGCCCGGCACAGUGGUCACCUGUGUUGUGGCCGGGGUGGUGCUUGUGCUGGUGAAACUGUUGAAUGACAAGCUGCAGCGGUAUCUGCCCAUGCCAAUCCCCGGGGAACUGCUCACGCUCAUCGGGGCCACAGGCAUCUCCUACGGUGUGGACCUGAAGCAAAGAUUCGGGGUGGAUGUCGUGGGCACCAUCCCCGCGGGGCUGGUACCUCCAGUGGCUCCCAACCCCCAGCUGUUCGCAAAGCUCGUGGGCAAUGCCUUCGCCAUCGCUGUGGUCGGGUUCGCCAUCGCCAUCUCGCUGGGGAAGAUCUUCGCUCUGAGGCAUGGCUACCGGGUGGACAGCAACCAGGAGCUGGUGGCCCUUGGCCUCAGUAACUUCAUCGGGGGCAUCUUCCAGUGCUUCCCUAUCAGUUGCUCUAUGUCUCGGAGUCUGGUACAGGAGACCACCGGGGGCAACACACAGGUGGCUGGAGCCAUCUCCUCCCUCGUCAUCCUCAUUAUCAUCCUCAAACUUGGAGAACUCUUCCAGGACCUACCCAAGGCAGUCCUGGCAGCUGUCAUCAUUGUGAACCUGAAAGGCAUGAUGAAGCAGUUCAACGACAUAUGCACCCUCUGGAAGGCAAAUCGAGUGGAUCUGCUCAUCUGGCUGGUAACCUUUGUGGCCACCGUCCUGCUCGACCUGGACUUCGGCCUGGGAGUUGCAGUGGGCUUCUCCCUGCUGCUCGUGGUGGUCCGCACACAGCUGCCUCGCUACUCUGUGCUGGGGCAGGUGCCAGACACAGAUAUUUACAUAGACAUGGCAGAGUACUCAGAGGCCAAGGAGGUCCCGGGAGUGAAGAUCUUCCGCUCCUCAGCCACCUUGUACUUUGCCAAUGCUGAGCUCUACAGUGAUGCCCUGAAGCAGAGGUGCGGUGUGGACGUUGACCACCUCAUCUCCCGGAAGAAGAAGCUGCUCAAGAAGCAGGAGCUAAAACUGAAACGACAGAAGAAGAAAGUCCAGAAACAGGCUGCUUCCUCAACGGGCACUUCCGUUUCUACCAAUGUCAACACCAGGGACAGAGACAUUGAGAGCAACAGUGUGGAGGACUCCAAUGUCAAGGAUCUAAGUGUGGGGAAUGAGCUAGAGGAUACUAAAACAGCAGCCCUUGAUCAAGAAGAUGCCAAGGCCCCAGAUAAGUCCACACUGAAGGCCCUGGGUCUGACUCAGCCAGAUUUUCACAGCCUCAUCCUGGACAUGAGCACUCUCUCCUUCGUGGACACUGUGUGCCUCAAGAGCCUAAAGAAUAUUUUCCACGACUUCCGGGAGAUAGAAGUGGAGGUGUACAUGGCGGCCUGCAACGGUCCUGUGGUUUCCCAGCUUGAGGCUGGGCACUUCUUCGAUGCCUCCAUCACUAAGCAACAUCUCUUUGCCUCUGUCCAUGACGCUGUCGUCUUUGCCCUCCAACACCCGAGGUCCAGCUCCAUGGACCAUGCUUUGGCUACCAAACUCUGACCAUGCUGCCACUGUGCCUGAGACUGCGUGCCUCUGAAGGUUGAAAGGGAUCAUCAUUGAGAACCUCCCACCCUUGGGCUGCCUCCAUAUGCCACUCAGGAGUCCCCUACACACACACACACACUCACACACACACACACACACACACACACACACACACACACCCCCUCAGGGAUGGAGGUCCUGGGACUCCAAGUUCAGUGCUCUAGCCGUGUUGGGGUAGUGGAGUCAGCCCAGCACUGACCAGGUUGGGGAAGGACACCUGUUUUCAGCCUCAGGAAUAAAGAUUUGUUUGUCAACACCAG